AUGCUUUCUUCACCUACGUCUUAUAUCAAAGGUGGUGUCCCUAUAAAUGGCCAUUUUAUAACCUUUUUGCACCGUACACUUGACGAGAAGUACGUGAUGGGAAUGGAAUUGGCCAUCAAAACACAUUGCAGAAGCAUCUCAGCUGAGGAAUUUGCUCAGAAAAGAAACUCAUGGAGCUUUCUAAACCUAAACCAUAACAGUCCAGUUAUCAAUGAUGCUGCUAUUAGUUUGGUUUCCAAGCAGGGUCCAUGUUGGUCUGAGCUCAAGUUCACGGGUAUGGUGCAGUGGGGCCAACGCAGGCAGGUUCGGUUUCUGGGUCGCAAUGAGGAACAAAAGGUUGAAUCUUUACACCAACAUCGUAAGGAAAAAAGGGAAAGGACUUAUAAUAAGAGAAAGAACGUUGAAGAAGAAAUGGAGGCUGUAAAGGUAGCUCCUUUUGGGGUACUGAGGAUGACUCGUCAGAGCUUCAAAAAUCAACAAGAUAUUACUAGUAGCAGCGGGGCUAAAAAGUCUAAGAAAGCAGUAAACGACGACACUAAGCAGCAGCAACUCAUUGUUUAUAGCAAAAAAGGCCGGAAAAUAUCAAUUGACAGAUGGUCUGCUGAGAGGUAUAAGAUGGCAGAGGAGAAUAUGUUGAAGGUUAUGAAGGAAAGGGAAGCUGUGUAUGGAAACCCAAUAAUGAGGCAAGACUUGAGAUCAGAAGCACGAAAGUAUAUCGGUGACACGGGUUUACUUGAUCAUUUGCUGAAGCAUAUGGCUGGAAAAGUGGCACCGGGAGGAGUUGAAAGAUUCCGACGACGUCACAAUGCUGAAGGUUCAAUGGAAUACUGGUUAGAGAGUGCGGAUCUCGUUGAUAUCAGAAAAGAAAUGGGUGUACAAGAUCCUUACUGGACUCCUCCACCUGGAUGGAAGCCUGGAGACAGCAUUUCACCAGAACAUGUUACUAGAAAUGAACUCAGGGAGAUAAGGGAGGAAUUAAUCAAGUUGAAACGAGAUAUGCUGGAUCUCAAAUCAAAAAAAGAAGAGGAAGCCUUGGCCAUUGUGGCUACUUCUAGUUCCUGUUUGUCAAGUUUGAACUAUAGGGACUAUGAUUCCCAGGUUUCUAUGCAGGAGAUUUAUGCUGAGCUGGUUCAUAAAAAGGCUAGAGUUGAAAAACAGCUAAAAGAAAUUACUCUGACUUUGAAUAACAUGGAGGGCCAACUUGGAAUGCUGAAGCCAACAAUGGCAGAAUCAUUAACACCACCAGCGUUAUUGCUAGGACCAACAUCAUCAUUGACAGAAAACAUUGGAGAUGUGACAAGAGAGGAUGACAGAGGAACAAAAUCAGCGGACACACAAAUGGUACGAAGCAGCGCAGCAGAGCAAAAGGCAGCAAAGAUAGAAAGACUUAAAAGUGGUUUUAAAAUCUGCAAACCAAGAGGGACCUUUAUGUGGCCAAAUAUGAGCAUGUCUCCUCAUGUUGAGGCUAACCUUGAUGAAAUCACAGUGGUCCCAACCCCAACCUCAGUUUCCUCUGCUACCACAUCAGCCCCCAAGCUUGUCUCCAAUUCCAAGACUAAGAACUUGCCACUAUCAAUACCUUCCCCUUCUUCUGCUGUUAAGCCACUAGCAGAGAAGCGCCCUGUGAGCACAGCUACUUUGACACAUGUCACUGGACCCUCUUCCCCUCACCUUUCUCCUCCAUUAGAGACAAAAUCCACAAUUACCAACAAGGAUUCUUCUAUUAACCUCAAUGAGACUCCUCUGGCCCAAGAGUAGAUGCUAUUGCUGGCAAAGUCCUUCUACAUACAUAUACUUAUA